AUGACAUCGACAGCCUACGUCAAGAAUAUCCAGGAAAUACCCAGUCUUAAACCGCCACAGGAAACAUUUGUUGAUGCACCGCAGUCGAUAUACGAGAUUGAUUUACAGGAUUUGAAAUUUGACUUGAGCCAUGGAUUGAAAAAUUUCAACAAUUUGCAUCCGUUUCAUGUCAUUUACAUCUUUACUUUGGUGCUCAAGUUCACCAUUCGAUUGCAAAACGUGCAUCCGCACUUGUUGCAGAAGUUUCGCAGUCAGCAGUUGGAGAAGUUGGGUAUAAACGAGGAGGAGUUGUUGCUGAGUGGCGGACUGGAGAAGAAGAAGAACAAAACAACAAAGACAAAGCAGCAGCAGAAGAAGCAAAGUACAAAAAUGAGAGUGUUGUCUCCCAAUGAUGACGAAGAAAAAGAUCACGUUGUUGUUAAUGGUGAUGAAGGUGAAGAAGAAUUAGAAGAAGAGCAGUUGGAGUCGGAUGGAUCGCAGUCGAUGUCUUCUUCAUCUAGCGACUUGAGCAAAUCAAGCGACAAGAUCAUGGAUGAAGUCACCCCCAGCCAAGAAGAGUCCGACUUGGAAGAGUUAAAGUACAAUUUUGAAGAUGACGGAUAUUUCCCCGCCGAUUCGCUGCUAACCUCAAUUUUGCAAGAUCCAAACAUCGAUGACAUAAAAUUUAAAAACAAGAAUAACCAACUGGUGCUGCCGACGAUGGAGACUCCACCCUAUGUUCCCAUGGAGUUUCUCCUCCGCGACACAAGUGCAUCCUUGUGCUUAUCUGAGCCUGAGCUUGAGCUUGAACUCGACGCAAGAACGACAGCACGAUUCACUGCCGAUUUGAUCCAUGCGCAAAAAUCAAGACACCCAACUUGCAACCAACACUAUCAGCACCUCCUCAAAGUGUUCACUCUCAAGCAAGUGCCGCAUUGCACAAUCGAGCAGUUUUUGCUCCGCAUAAAUCAGUAUUCGCCCAAGAUCUCCAUCAACGCAUACUUGCACUCCAUCUAUAUGCUUUACCGAAUAUCCAUCCUGACCGACUUGGUCCAGUUGAAUGAACGCAAUUGCUUUCGAUUGAUCAUUGCCGCGUUGAGAACCUCGAUUAAACUACUCGACGACGUGUAUCAGAAGCAAACCGUGUUCAAAAAUGUUGUUGGGUGCAAUCACGCUAGCGAUUUGCUCAAGAUUGAACUCAGUUUUCUUUACUUGGUCAAUUUCAACAUGAAUUUAGAGUGCGAAGAUAGCAUGUUGAAAUCGUUCCUAAAGCGUGAUUUCAUCGACUUGUGCAAUUUCGUCAAACUGGAGUUGGACGAUGCCGAAUAUCGAGAUUUGGUGGGAGAGAGCGAGGACGGUGAUGGUCAAGCAUGA